AUGCCAUUCAAGGAAACGCACAGUUUACUAAACAAUAAUGAUCAGGAAUCUAGCUACAGACUAAAAAAACAAUAUUCAAAAAGGUAUGACAAGAAAUUUAUCAUACUUCUAAUCACAUUGGCAGGACUGAUACUCUUUCUUUUAUGGAUUAAAAUUGUCCAGCCGAAUAAUUUCCUUUCUCGGGGUGAAUUUUCUUCAAAUAUUUUCAAUACUAGUCUACAAAACACUCCACCCAGUAAAGUUCCAGCUUCCGCAACGCCUAAAACCACUGCCACCAUCUCAUCCAUAGGCAACACUACAAUCUUCCACUACAAUUUCAUCCUCACUGAAGGAACAAUUAGUCCUGAUAACUACGCUCAAAACGGUUACCUCAUAAACGGUCAGAGUUCUCCCGGUCCGGAGAUUCGCAUUAAAAAAUAUUCCACUCUUAUCGUACACAUCACGAACAAACUAAAAGUCGGCGUCACUUUCCACUUUCACGGCAUCCACCAGAGCAAAUCUUUCCUUUCCGAUGGAGUGCCAAUGGUGACGCAAAAAAUAAUUCCCCCAGGUGGAACUUUCACCUACGAGAUUGACACCUGGCCACAAGUUGGAACAUUCUUUUAUCACGCCCACACCGGUCUGGACAUCAUUUGGCUGUAUGGGCCUCUAAAUAUCGAAGAUGAUUCAAAUUCACAAUCCUUUCCGGCAGCUUAUCAAUACGACGAAGACAGAGUUUUCACCCUAAGCGGAAUUUACCACGAAUCUCUGACCCAGAUUAUGACUCGUAUCACUGGACCGGUACAUCAAUAUCCGGCAGUCGCAUCGAGCAUAGCGCUAAAUGGAAGAUCGUACGGACUAUGGGGAACAAAAUCGAACGCGGCUUACAAAAAUACCACCGGAUAUUACGUCACAAAUGUCGAGCAAGGGAAAACUUAUCGGUUCCGAUUUAUCAAUGCAGCCUCAGACUCGCUACUUUGCUGUAAUGUGACGGCACACAGUUUCACGGUAAUCGAGACCGACGGGGUGUAUGUCGACCCCAUCGUCACGGACCAUAUCGUCAUAACGCCAGGUCAGAGGUACAGCGUUCUUAUCAAGAUGAAUCAACCCAUCGGCAACUAUCACAUAAGUUGUAAGCAAAUGGAAAGCUACGGACCUCUGAAUGGAAUUGGGAUCCUGCAUAAUGACGGGGCCUCACCCCCCACGGACAAAAUGUUGAGGGAGGACCGUGUCGGGGAAGAAGCUUUGCCGUUGGACAAUUGGAUUUUGGACCAACUACACCCAAAUGUUGCUCUGGGACAGAUCGAUUUAUAUAAAGUUCCGAAAAAUGUGGAUCGCGAAUUUGUAAUUGAUGCAUUCGAAGCUGUUGUGGGUCAACAGCAUAUUUAUCUUGUUAAUGGACAUUAUUUCGAAGAACCAAUUAUUCCGUAUUUUAUGCAGUUAAAGCAAGGCAUAAAUAUAACCAACCCUCCUCAAGUGUUUGAAAUCCUGGAAGGAGAAAGUAUUCAAAUUGUCUUCCAAAAUCAGAGAACUGACGAUUUUUGCUUCAGCCACCCCUGGCACAUUCACGGUCAUUCUUUUCACGUCGUAGGUCACGGUGCAAAUCGGUAUGACCCAAUUGUCGAUGGGACGCGUAUUCAGAAGGAUAUCGCAGAUAGAGAACAAUUUCAAUUUAGAGAUUCUGUUACUGUUUAUGCAAAUCAGACAUUAGGAGAUUAUACGGAUGGUGCAUUUUGUGGGUGGACUGCGGUCAGGUUUUCUGCACAUAAUCCUGGCUUAUGGCUUGGACACUGUCACGUGACCCCGCAUUUGAUAAUGGGCAAGAAAUUCGUGAUAUGGGAACAUUCCAUUGAAGACCCAUAUUUGAAGGAGUUGAUGACUGCUAAAAGUAAUAGACAAAGGGUGAAAGCAGUGUUUUAAAACGUGCUCAAAUUUAUGCGAAUGUGUUCAUCUAUAGUUUCUGUUUAGCAAAUAAUAUACAUUCUUUCGUUUAAAUGUUUAAUGUUCAAACAUUUUAAAUAUCAUUAGUUGAGAAUUUCGUCAUUAAAAAUACGCCGUUUUAUAAUAAUUACGACUCUUUCGCAAGUGUUUAUGAAUUUUAAGAAAUCAUACAUAAGAUGCGAUCGCAAUAUUUUGCAAUUGAUUUGAAUUUCUUAUCGCAUAGCAUACAUAUUACCCUAUGUUAUCACAGUACACAUAAUUUAUACGUAUUAAAUACCUACUUCUUAAUAUUUUUAUACUCUAGUUUCAUAAGAAUCAAAAUAAAAUUAUCAUACAUAUUAAA